ACUUGUUCUCCUUUCGUUUGAUCCUCCACCCAUCCCGGCAAAACCUUUGAUAGACAGAAAGAUGUACCCACAGACAGUGGGAGACGAUGGCUCCAAAUAACGGGGGCGGGCGCCCAGGCAAACCUACAAAUUUCCAGCUAUAGGACAGACCGAGGCGCGAUGUUGAAGGCCGAUUCGGAGGUCGAGAACUGAAUAUUCAAUAUUCCAGCGUCUCGCACUCGAAGGCCUCUCUCAUACCCUGCAUGGGCAGCCUAGCUCGAGAACAAGGAGAUCAAGGCUGGACUCCUCCAACUUAGGACUCCAUGUGGAAUCUAAAGGUAAUCUAACCACCUCAGGCUGGCCAGUCCCAGAAUCGUGGGACUGUCCACCACUUUUCAGGCGUAUAAGAUUUAACAUCAUCGAUCAAUCGAUCAACAGCCAUCGAAUCUUCAGGCUCCAAGUCAAGGACGGCGAGAGCGAACGUGUUCAAGUCCACCGCCGUUCUGAGCUCCGUAUCAAGAGAGGCAAACCUUGUACGCUCGUCGCUGGUACGACUGCGUUUGCGAGUGACCUUCACGCUCGAAUACUCCAGGGUAAAAUUGAGACGAGAAGUGGAUGAGUUAGAGCGGUGAAACUUAAACAAACGCCCGCCUAUUUCAACUCGAUAUCAAGAUGGAACUGGAAGUGUUUCGAUAUCCCAAAUGGUCCAGUUCUUCUCAGGAUGUAUAUAUGGACCGUGCGGCAAUCCGUGGUAUAUAAAGAUGACGGUUCUUCUCUUCCAGAGCCGCAGCAAUCGGUCACCACCCUUGUAUAUGAUACCCAUACUCUGUUAGCUGUCAGUCUCCUCAAAUCUUAUCCCUGCGAUGUCCUUCAACACCCAGGAGGACCCUGGAAAUCUUUGGUUCGAGCAAGCCACAUUCCUUUCAAGUCACCUAGCGUCGGUUGGCUAUGGGAUACACGUCUCGGUCUAUUUCACGGUCACGUACUUCUUACUCAAGAGGAAAUUGCCUCACAAACUAUUCUGGCUCCUUUUCAAUGGAUUCCUUUUCGCCUUCGGCACCAUCAACUUGGCAUGUGGCAUCUUCUACAACCAGAACGCGUGGGUCACCAAAAGAGAGUAUCCGGGCGGCCCUUUCGCAUAUCUGUCUGAGCAGCAAGCUCUUUCGACACAAACUCUUGGGAACUCCGCUGCAAUCUUAGCGUCGUUCUUCGCUGAUGGUUUAAUGCUCCAGCGGGUCGUCAUCCUAUACGAUUGGAACUGGUGGAUUAUCAUUCCACCAGGGUUGUUUUACAUCGCAUGUGUCAUCUUGUCAAUUCUCACAACCGUUCAGCUCGCUCUCCCCACCCAGACAAGCUGGACACCUCUUUCCCUCCCAGUAUGGAUCGUCCUCAUGAUCCUCCCCAUGUGGCUCACCGCACUUAUCGCCGGGAAAAUAUUAUACCAUCGCCAUCAACUGGUCAAAGUUAUGGGCGUGGAAGCUGCCAGCAUAUACACCGGUGUAGCAGCCAUCGUCAUCGAGAGUGCUCUACCGUUCACUCUCAUCUCGAUCAUUCUUCUCGGCUUAUUCGGUGACAACGAUCUCGCACAAAACUUGUUCGUAUUGCUCUUGGUGCAGAUUGAGUGCAUCGCGCCUGAGAUGAUUGUUUUACGCGUCAUCCUCGGUCGUGCCUGGACACGCCAAACUCUGAAGCCUGACGGCGGCUUGAACAAAGAUUUCCGGGACGCCGACGGGAGCAACUCCACCCCUAUGGCGUUCGCAGAACCACCCAUGAUCUCGCUGGAUGAUAGUACGACCCGGAUGCAGGGGUCAAAUUCCCAGUCUGAGGUUAGCAUGGAUCAUCCGGAAGAAAAAGACAAAAACGUGGGUCGCGUUACCAUUGAUGCUGUUUAGUUUGUCGACCGUAUACGGGCGUAUGUAAGACUGGCCUUGCUGUCUGUGGAGACUAUCUUGACUGAAUAUUGAAUUGGUAAAGAAUCACUGUAUUUAUGUAUGUAAACCUUGUACCAUUCGUACACUUUCUGUCGCCUUGAAAAUGAAUGCAUGCUUUAUAUAUACAUCGUC